AUGUUUGAGAAGGUGAAGAAGGUUCGUCUUCAAACUCUAAGGGCUGAGUUUGAGUCUCUAAUGAUGAAGGAGACUGAAUCCAUUUCGGAUUAUUUCACCAAAGUUUUGACGGUAGUGCACCAAAUGAAAAGGCUUGGAGAAAAAUUAGAAGAUGUUUGUGUUGUUGAGAAAAUUCUUCGUUCUCUUAACUCAAAAUUUUAUCAUGUGGUGGUAGCCAUUGAGGAGUCAAAAGAUUUGGAUACAAUGUCCAUUGAUCAGUUGAAUGAUUUCUUAUGGGCCCAUGAAGAAAGAAUGGAUAAAGGCAAGCAAGAACGUGUGGAGCAUGUCUUGCAGAAUGGACAUUAUUCUUGGGAGUGUCAAACAUCCAAAGAAGAAGAAAAUAAACUUGUUGUGCACAGUGAAGAUGUUGAAGAACCAACAUUAUUCCUUACCCUCAAGGAAGAUCAAAAUUCUGAAGAUAGUGCGUGGUAUCUUGACAAUGGAGCUAGCAACCAUAUGACAGGUGAUAGGAGUAAAUUUGUAGCACUCGACACCAACGUAAAAGGACACGUGUGUUUUGGUGAUGAAUCAAAAGUAGAGAUCAAUGGCAAAAGAACGAUUCUAUUCGAGCUGAAGAAUGGAAGUCAUAAGAUUCUUUCCAAUGUUUAUUACAUCCCAAAGAUGAAAAAUAAUAUCUUGAGUAUUGGGCAACUUAUGGAGAAUGGUUGCAAGAUAGUCAUGGAAGAUCGCUAUCUUUGA